UGCGUGGUUAAAGCUAGCUUCUUUGCUGUCAAUCAAGUCUCCACCCGCAGCUGUUCCCAAUCCAGACCGCGAACCAGGCUCUCACACCAGGCAGCGGGUUUCCUCAGAGCAGCUCUGCCCGGUGCACCAACAGCUUCAGACUUUUUACAAUUAGAUUUUAUUCCUGUCGUUGCUCCCGUGAAAUGUCAUUUGUCGAGGACCCUGGUCAUCUCUCUAAAUCUCGCCUGAAGUCAGAUUUAGUUGCUCACAAAGUGGAGCUGCCACCUGCAGGGAGCAAGAAGGAGGCUUAUGUGGCGCUGCACCUGAGACACGUCGACCAGACAAAUGCUGCGAAUUUCUCCAGUGAUGAGGAUGAUCAGGAGCUCGGUGUGGCAGGAGGGGAUCCAGGAAGCGCAGAGGAGCUUGACCCGAGUGCAUUGACGGAUAACGAUCUCAAGGCUUUGUUAUUCAAAUAUGGAGUUAAAGCUGGGCCCAUUUUAGCCUCCACCAGGGCAGUGUAUGAGAACAAGCUCAGGAAACUGCUUCAGUCUGCUGGWGAGGGGGAAUCGAAUGAGGCAGAGAAUGCUGUGCUCUACUCCGACAGCGACGAGGAAGAUGUGAGGGAAGAAAACGAGGACGAGGAGAAAGAACUGGAGGGAGCGCAAGAAAAAAAGGCCGAAGCAUUGGAGCCGAACCAACAACAGAGCGACGAGAAAAAUGUGCCAGCUAAGAAGGGUGACUUUUUUUAUCCACAGUGUUUUUUCUUAUCAUCAAGACUGCGUCCUUGUCCUCCUAGAAACAAUGAACGUAGUUCCAGGAGGAAUUCAAAGAAUGCAUUAAAAUCAUCAGAGCGAACUCGACCACACCGCUCACAGAUUCCUGCAGGAAUUAGCAAAGUAUCCUCUGUAGCUCAACACUCAGGAUUAAGAUCAGGGGUUCCCUCUGCAUCUCCGUCUGUGGUGUCCAGUAGUUGCUCAUCAUUUCCCUCACAGGCUUUCAGCAUCACUCAGAUGGUUGAAAAGAUGGAGAGUUGGAGCGCACCCUCUGCUUGCUCCUACAGUAUGCCGGAACAUUGGUCCCGCUCCAGCAGGCUGGACAAUGACGCUGAAGACAAGGACAUAAUCGUGGACCAGGCAGACACUCCCAAGGACUCCACUUGUGUAAAGGAAAUCAAGGAUCCAGGGAGAGAUAUUUUAAAGGACCUUCUUGCAGACACAAAGGCAUCACCUACAGGGAUCUAUGCCACUCCUCGGAGACCCAUCAAGGGUGCAGCACUGCGGCCCGUCCAGUAUGCGUACCCCGACACUCCAGUCAGUCCCACAACCUUAGAGAGACAAGAGGUGCAGAGACGUCUUGUGCCCGUCUACGUCCAGGUUUUGGUCUUCUUCGCUGUGGCGUGCAUCCUUUUCUUGAUAUUUGUUAAUGUUGAGGACACUAACAGUGUGGUAGACUUGCUGGAGAGUCUGAGCCAGGGCCCAGAUGGUGACGAUGAGAGACUGGAUGCAGCGAGUGGAGAGCUUUAACGGUUUUAUUCACCAAUCUGUGUUUGACGUAAAGGUGUGAGCUUGCUGAUUUAAUGGCCAAGACUUGACCGUUGUUGUUAGUUAAGAAUCCGCCAGUCCAGGUUUCUGAAUUUCUGAAUUUUUUUUGCUUAACUUUAAUAUUAAAAUGCUCUUAUCACUGUGUUGGCCAUUGACAGAACACUUGUUUAGGGGAGGGGGAAAUUUAUUCCCAACUUAAAAUUGUAAUGUGUAUUGCUAAUUUAGAUUUUUGAAUUUGUAUUGUAUCACUGGUAUGUUUUUAUAUUUGAUCAAUAAAAUAUAUUUUGCUUCAUA